AUGACGACGGCCGCCAGCAACGCGGUCGUAUUGAUCGAGAUCAACCCGCUGUGGGGCGCCGCGCUCGGCUGUCUCUUUCUGUCGGACGUGCUGCCCCGCGUGGUGCGCGCCACGUGGUACGGCAACUUGGUCGCGAUCGGCGCCGGCCUCUUUUUUCAGGCCUUCCUGCUCUGCUGCCGCCUGUUUGGGAGGCGAUGCCCCGGCGCGCCCACCGCUGGCCUCGCGUGCUGGGGCGCGCUCGGCUGCGGGAUGACGGCGGCGAUCGUCGCCGUCGCCCACGGCUCCGUCCUCUGCCCGCCACACGCCGAGUUCUAUCCGCUGAUCAUUGGCAACGGCGCGCUCGCCGGCCUCGCGUGGGUGUGCUGCAUCAAGGCGUGCCAGCUCGUCACCGGCGCCGAAGUCGGCCUCAUCCUCCUCGCCGACAUGCCGCUCGUGCCGUUUUGGGUCUACCUCGGCCUCGGCGAGGUGCCGUCGCCCUUCACGAUCGGCGGCGGCCUCACCGUGUGGGCGACGCUCGGGGUGCAUGGCUGGCUCGACUACCGCGCCGGCCGUGAGGCGGAGCGGUGCGACGGGGCGGCGCGCCGGCUCGAGGAGAGCCACCUUGAGGGCGGCAAGAGGACAGAACUAUCGAUAGAAAGGUUUAAUUAG